AUGGAUUUCUGCAUCUGUCUGCAAAUCGGAUGCUCCAAUAGGUUGUCGCAGGAGGGCGACGGUCAGAGUCGCGUCUGUCCUCGGUGUCACAAUGCCGCCGUUGUACAGGUCAAGAGCACCAAUUGUCUCGAGGUAAGUCCUAAGCCAGCACAAAUAAUUUGAAUUCGAAGGACUUCAGUCGAAGGAGCCUUGCUGGGACUCGCGAGCGCCGUAUUUUGCGACACUAACCCCUCUCUUGACUUCAUGCCCGACCACCAGAUUUGCUGCGUCCCUCUCGUCCCUCUCGGCUCGGACCAUCUCUGGCACUGUUCGAUCUGUCAAUGGCAAAUCGACCAAUCCGCUCCACCGCCUCCUUUGCCUCAGCAAGGUUGGGCCCCAUCACAACAACAGCAAGGGUACGCACCGCAGGGGCAGAUGCAGUUCCAACGACCCGGGUAUGAACAACAACAACAACAGCACUACCCCAAAUAA